GUGUUGUAAUUAGGACGCUCAUUGGCGGUAGCGGUUUUGCCGCUUCACGCUGGGAGAGGCCGCUGCCAUCGUGCCGCCCAUGCCCGGCUGGAGGAGCCGCUACCCGCAGGGCACGGCCGAGCCCGCCGCCCGCCCGUUCUGGGCGAUGCUGGGGCUCCUGGCCCGGGAGCCCGGCAUGGGGUGGCUGGCGGAGAGUCUCUCCGAGCGGGCGGCCCCGCGCUCGCCGCCCGCCUCGAGCCGCAGCAGGCGCGGUGGCCGCUGGGCAGCUGCAAGCAGCGUCAGCACAAGCCCAGGUCCCCGUGCGGCCGCGGGCCGGGCGAGGACGCGGAGCCGCAGGGAGCAGUGGGGCCGCCUCGCCGCUGGGGGAGACGCCGGAGCGGCCCUGGCGGCAGCCGCCGCGGAACAGGCGUUAGGAGACGCGCCCAAGGGUGGAUGUAUUUCUGGACCUCAUAUAGGAGAUGGACCUAGCCUUGUCUCUGAGCAGCAUACGUUGGGCCCUUGGCCCUGGAAGGCCUUGGACUUGUUGGAGCGUUCAGGUGAUGCCAGAAUUUGGCAAGCCUACCAUGCAGGCCUGAUGCACUUUUUUCUCUUUAGAGAAGAGAUGGGAAUGCCUGCAGUUUGGCCAGUUCCAGAGGAUCAAAUUAGAGGGUUUGUGGUGGCUAUGGAAUUACAAGGCUUGUCUUCACCGAAAAUACUGAUGUACUUGGCAGCACUCUCCUAUAUUUCCAAAAUCACAGGUCACCCUGAUCCUCUUCAAGAUUUUGUAACAUGUCAUAUAGUGGCAGGGUUGCAGUGGAGGGAAGGUAAUCAAAGAUAUUGCAGAUCUCAUGUAACCAUUGAGGUGUUGCGAUCUCUCUUGGGCACAGUACAAUCUGUGUGUAGCUCUCUUUAUGAAUGUUUGUUGUUCCGUGCCUUAUUUACUGUGACUUUUUUUGGGGCUCUUCGGGUGGAAGAGGUGGUAGCAGAGCACCACAACUGGGCACAGCCAGAGCUCCUGUACAUGAGUGAUGUCCAGCUGACUGAGGAAAGAGUGAACAUUUACCUGCAUACGUCCUACCUGGGCCAAGAAAGGUUUUUGAUCUCUCUUGGAUUAUCUAGAGAGACAUGGGUAUGCCCUGUUGAGGCACUGUGCAAUUACGUGGCAGCCAGGCCACGAGGGGAUGGGCCUCUCUUUGUACACUGGGAUGGCACACCAUUGACAAGGAGACAGUUCUUGGCUGUCUUCCGUUCUGCUUUAAGGUUACUUGGCCUUCGUCCAGAGCAAUAUGGUGUACAUUCUUUCUGGUUGGGAGCUGUUGUGACUGCUGCACGCUGUAGAUGUUCUGAAGAAACUAUUUUGCGCCUGGGCAGGUGGCAAGGUAUCCACCCAAAGAGGAGACAGAAGUAGUCAACCACAGAAGCCAAAAGAACAGCUAAUGUUACCUGGUCUAUUCCCCUUGCUGAUGCAGUAUUGUUUCCUACAGUGUGUGAUCUAGUGCUCUGAUGCAUAAUCUUCAAAGUAAUGGAGCAACUUUUUCAGAGAACAUUCUAGUUAAUUGACUUUUCUGAAGUUUGCAGUGUGCUGCCCUCUGCAUUUGUUUGUAAGCUAUAUCUGUCUGUUGGGGAUUGGACUUCCAUGUCUCUUUGCAAAAUUAACUUGCAAAAAUUGCUUAUCUAGUAAGGUCUUCAUGAUCAAUAAACUUGCAGUGCAGUCUCUUUUCAAA